GCGUGUUAACAUAUUCUAACAGUGUAAAAAUACAAAAUUCUGUAAAAGAAAACAUUUUCAAGUGUUUUAUUAAAACAAAAAAAAAAUAUGAAAUAAAAUAAAAAUAAUAAUACAAAACAAAUUGUACAGCUAGAACGUUUUUUAUUUCAUAAAGAUUGUCAGUGUUUUACCGUAUUUUUAUGAUUUCAAAUGAUAUAAAAAAUAAUUUGCGGAAAUUGUUUAGAAAUAAACUGAGUGAAUAAAAAAGGAAUUGCUGAAACAAUAUUUGUGCAAAAAAGUAUUUUAAAUAUUUUAUCAGUUACUUAAAAAAGAUCGGCCGCAAUUAUUAUUUCAUACCCCCAAGAUAAGUCAAAUAAUAACCUACUUACAGGAUAUUCUUAUUUACUUACACACAUACAUACUUACAUUCAUAUAACGUACAUACCUGCCUACGCCUAAACGCACGCUAAACAUUUACGCUCAUUAGAUUUGAAAUACAAGUAAAACAACAACAACAAUUUAACGUUUAGCGCCUCAAGUGGCAGACACAACUAAAUGGCCAAGACGAAACAACAACAAUUACUGGUGAUUUAUUUAACAAUAUGUUUGGUCGUUGUAUCACUGCUAAUGAAAGUGGAUAGUGUGAGAGCAUCGAGUAUUCCACUUGACGGAAACGGAAAUAUGUUGCAACAACAGCAGCAACAACAGCAGCAAAUCGAUAACAAUGUGCAGGAGCAUAAUUAUAUUAUGGAUCAAGCGAAACAAAGACCUGCAGUACCCAAAAAUGCUAACAUAUUGGAAGAUGAUGAUGAUGACAAGGGGAAUAGCUUAAAUGAGGAUUUAACCAGAAAUCAAUUAUUUUUUGGUCAUGAUGCCCUAAACAUGGUCAAAAGAGCACCCGGUGGUUUUGUGGGUAUGCGUGGUAAAAAAUUCUACUACGAUGAGGACGAAAGCAACAUUGCAAACGAUAAUAGUCUCCCCUGGAACCAGUUGCACAAUUCCGAUGAAGACAUAACCUGGGAUGAAUAUGCCAAACCAAAUGUUAGACGUUAUAAAAAGGCACCCACAGCUUUUUAUGGAGUACGCGGCAAAAAGUUUGCCACCAUGAAUGGUGGCAAUCCCAAUAAUGACAAUCAUCGUUGGCAAGAAUUCCUACAAAAACUGGAAGAGGAACGGGUGCGUGAUGCUAUAUUACAAAAUUUUCUCGAUAGUUUAACUGGCACACAAAAUGAUCUACCCAACGAAAUGGCAAAGAGAGCGCCCACCGGUUUUACUGGAGUACGUGGUAAACGUCCAGUAAUGGAUGAACUUGAUUCUUCAAUGGAAACUUUAACGAAACGUGGUUUGGGCAAUAAUGCAUUUGUUGGUGUGAGGGGUAAAAAAGAUGUGUCACAUCAGACAUUUAAGAGAUCGCCGUCGGGGGCAGAGCGUUAUUUUUUUGUUUUUUGGAAAAAGUCUUUACCAGCCGGUGGUGGAAAACGUCAACGUUUCGUCGACUUCAAUAACAAAUUUGUAGCUGUCCGAGGAAAGAAGAGUUCCUACGAUGGCAUGAAUGCGUUUAAUGCCUUCGACAACAGCAACAUCAACAACCGGUCACCAUUGUCAUCGGCAACUAUGAGUCUACUUUAUGGUAAACGUGCACCCAACGGGUUUCUUGGUAUGAGAGGAAAGCGUCCGUUUACAACUGAUGACAUUUUAUCUGUAAACUAAAGCUGGAAACCCAAAAUAUUUGAACCAACAAUUUGAAGAAAUUUUCGUGUAUUUAUGUAUGUUUGGCAUCAAUAGCAGAAGCAGCCGACAAAAUUAUCAAUAUAAUACGAGAACUAAAAUUAAUUGUUUUAUUUAAUUUUAAUUAUACAACAAUAAUAUUUAUGGAAAUACAUAUUUGUUUUACUAAAAAACACUACAUAGAGUAAAUGCAUUCUAAAUAAUAUAAAAGGGCUGGUAUUAUUUAGAGUGUUAUUAUAAUUGUUUAUUUAUAAAAUUGUCUAUUUUAUUUUUUAAUUAAAAUUUUUGUUUUAAACUAAUAUUUGUGAAAGCAAACCACACUAGAAGUUUCCUAUAUAAUGCAUGAAAUGCAACAAAAAUUAAUAAUUACUUUCUAACA